UUGUUUUAGCAGUGCAAUUAUGUCCUCCUCUGUUUCCAUCCUCUGUUUUUUCCUGGAAUCUCAUGAUUUGAUACCCUAACCUUCAAAUUUUGGCAAUCCAAGACAAACCCACAUAAAAAUAUACACAGAAAAUCUCAAAUUUUUGAACUUUUAACUGUUUUUUUGUUAGGUUUUUGUACAGCAAAAGGCCAACUCUGUUUGCUGUGUCUGUGCAUUGGUGGUGGUUACAAAAAAGCGUGUCUAAAAAUAGGCAAAAAUUGCAAACAAGAAUGAGGUAUUAUACGAGCGGAUGACAAAUUGUUUUGUUCCUAAGAAAGCUCCUCUGCUUUUGUGUAAAAUUAGCGGCCUGUUUCUCUCCUCUCUCAGACUCUUUGGGAUCAUCCAUUUUCUUCCUCUCUUCACAUACAAGAUUUUUCUUGUGAGGUUGGAUUCUUUGUUUUCAAUCCCCCCACCAGUCGAAUUUUCGAUAUGUGUUCUUUAAUUUCUUCCUUUUGGUUUGGAUUUCAGGCUGCUCUGAAAAUUCUGUAGUUUUAUGUAAUUACAGUAAUUGCUUCAGACCAUUUGAAUUCUGAGAUGGCAUCAUCACAAGUUGAAAUGGCGUCUUCUGCGCCUUUCGGGUGCGUGUUGAGGGAUCACAACCGGCGAGACAGGUGCCGAGAGAGAAAUGCCAGGGCCACGCAGGCCGCUUUUCAGAAGAAUUUGAAUAGCUUGGUGAGGAAUCACCUCACCACCUGCAUUUCUGUCUCUUCAAUAUCUGCCUCCAGUGACAAGGAAAGCAACAACUCCAAAGACCGAGACAUUGAAAAUGUCGAAAGAGAUGGUGGUUGUUCGACAAUGAGCCCGAGGCAGUCUCGGGUUCUUGAUCGACAGGCUGCGAGACGAGGAGGGAAAGAAGGAAUGGCAAUGGUUGAGAGGCAGAGCCAAGAGGCAGAGCUCAUGUCAGUGCCUAACUCCGAACCUUCAUCAUCGAGGACAUCGACAUCUUUGAAGGAGACUCUUUUCAGAACGGAUAGCUUGGCGAGAAUUUACAAUCUGGGAGUUGGAGCUUCCUCGCUGGUUCAAAUAUGGGAGAAGAGGCUGAACCAAUCAAACAGUUUCAAGAUGAGUUCCAAUGGCAGCGCAGAGACAAGCAGGUCUAACUCUGGAUUCAGCUGCAAUGAGAAUGAGAACAUAUUCAAUGCUUCCAAUGAAUCCAGUGCUUCCAAUGAGUCCACUGGUUCAAAUGCACCAGUUUUCGAGAAACAAUCAUCGAGAGGGUCUGAAGCAGGGGACUCGGUUUGUGUUGAUGAGAGGUAUGACACCGGCCCGGUUGCUGAGGAUUCAUUUGAGGACACACAUUCUGAGGAAAGCACCACAAGUGAUGCCCUGAGUAAUUUAGAUGCAAGGGAAAGAGAAAGAGAAAGGGAGAAGGUUCGUGUUGCGGAUAUCAUUAAAAGGUUGAAAAUGACAGCACAGUGUCCAUUAUCUUCUAGUGAUGACAAUGAUCAGCAGUCUUGUACCAAUGCAUCUCCGUCUAGAGAGCGCGAUCAUGAGAGGCUUUUCGGGUCUGAUCAGACAGAGCAGCUGCACAAAGGGUUCUCUCAGGUUAUAAGUUCACCGAGGAUGAUCAGAGGCAGGCAGGCUUUUGCUGAUUUGCUUAUGCACCUGGAGCGCGACCGACAUAGGGAGCUUGACGCGCUUGUAGACCGCAGAGCAGUUUCAAGAUUUUCACACAAAGGGCGAAUUCAGUCAAUGCUUCGGCUUAAACUGCUACAACGCCGCAUGGCAGUGGCAGUAGGUCAAGAUGUACCGCGCCGGAAACCAGCAACAUCUAAAGUGAACAAACUUCCACAAGGGUCUGCCAUCAUGCAUCUCAGGGAGAGAUUUAGCACUGGUGUGGAGCAGGCCUCAACAGAUCAGAGUGAUGCAGCUAUUCCAAAAAGCCCUCAAAAGGAGGUUGUAAAGAACACCAGUGUACUAUCAAAAAGCUCCUCCACUCCCAAUAAGCCUAGCAAAAACACUCUUAAUCGUGACGUUGAUAGAGUUGAGCAGAAGAAUGCAACCGGGAUGCAGACCUCAUUGCCGCAUGCUAGCGAAGAUCUUCGUGAAGAAGUAGGCAUGAGUUCAAAAGUCACCUGUCAAGAAACAAGUUCAGUGGCUACAAACACCUCAACGCAAGCUAGUAACGGUCUUCAUGAGGAAGGUAGCCCAAGCUCAAAAGUCACCUCGGAAGGAACAAGUUCAGUGGCUACAAACAAUUUUCCAAAUGCUAGUGAAGAUCUUCGUGAUGAAGCCAGCCCGAGUUUGAAAGUCGCCUAUCAAGGAUCGAGUCCAAUGGCUAGGAACACCACAACUCAUGCUAGCGAAGGUCUUCAUGAAGAAGCCAACCCGAGUUUAAAAGUCACCUUGCAGAGAACAAGUCUAAUGGCUAGGAGUACCUCCCCUCAUGGUAGUGAAGAUCUUUGUGAAGAAGCGAGCCCGAGUUCAGAAGUCACCUUGCAAGGAACAAGUCCAAUGGCUAGAAACACCUCACCUCAUGUUAGUGAAGACCUUCACGAAGAAGUCAGCCCGCGCUCAGAAGUCACUUUGCAAGGAACAAGUUCAGAGGCCAGAAACAACUUACCUCAUGCUAGUGAACAUCCUCAUGAAGAAGCUAGCCCUAGUUCAGAAAUUAUCUGGCAAGGAACAAGUUCAGAGGCCAGAAACAACUUGCCUCAUGUUAGUGAAGAUCUUCAUGAAGAAGUUAGCCUGAGUUCAGAAGUUAUCUGGCAAGGAACAAGUUCGAAGGCUAGAAACCUUGAUGCGCAAGAAAAUGCAGAUGCAACCACAUCCUUGGUUGGUUGGGGUGAGAAUGAGAUAGAAGAACAACUAGAGGAUGAUUACCAGUACUAUGGAGAUUAUACUUAUGACUGGAUCAAUGAGAUUUCUCGCCCACGUAGCUACUGGGAAAACCUGAGAAAGGCAUGGUACCAAGAGAUGCUGAACUCCAACUCAGGCAAAGGGGAGAUACGCCAACUUAUCGAAAGAAGAACAGUAUCAAAUUGUCUUGCAAGUGAUUUCCGAGACAGAAUAGACAGACUGAUGGAAUCUCGCUUAGAAAUACAAGCGCAACCAGAUGGCAGUCAAGAAGGAGAAGACGAUGAUAUCAGCCACGAUAGGAUGAAUCAAUUGAUGACUUUCUUACAAAAGCAUCACCAAAAACAACAACAACAAUUGCUGCCAGCAUGCAGUCAAGAAGAAAAACAACAAGUGCAAGAACAAGAACACCAAGAAGAAGAUCAGAACAUGACAGAAGAAGAUGAUGAUGACAAUGAUGAUGAAGGAGGAGAAGAAAGAAGUCUAAUUAGCGCUCAAUAUCAAGAAGCAAGUGAUGAUUUUUACCAAUGCACAUCAUUGCAGCCAUCGCCAUCUCACAUGACAGCAUGGAGCUAUCAAGAUAUAGAAGUGGGGGAUGAUGCUAAUCGAGCUGCUUCUACAUCUCCACCCCGACAUUUGCCAUCUCAUUCUUACUAUUCAAAUAGUCACCAAGGUUCACCAUCACCACCUCCAUCAUACCAUCAAAAUCACCAUCACUUCUCUUCCCCUGAAAUGGAAUUCAUAUAUGACAUGAGAGGGCAGAUGGAGCAACUCUAUCGUGAGAUGUCGGAGCUACGAAAAGUAAUUAAGAGCUGUGUAGACAUGCAAAUGGUAAUGCAACAAUCCAUGAAGCAGGAAGUUCAUUCAGGUCAAGAGGAGAGGAAAAGGUCUGCAAAUGGAUUACCAAAGAAAGGAAAUUGUUGCAUUUGCCAUGAAGUGAAAGUCGACUCACUUUUGUACAGGUGUGGACACAUGUGCACCUGUCUCAAGUGUGCUCAUGAGUUGCAAUGGAAUAGUGGAAAAUGUCCAAUCUGUCGAGCUCCAAUUGUGGAUGUCGUGAAGGCACAGAUGGAUUACUAGACUCUACCAGCACCUGGUGAACGAGUUCUUGCUUCAGAGGACCGUCUUUCUUUCGAAAAACUCAACAUAGUGAAGCAUACAACAUUGGAAGAGGAAGCUAAUUUUGUUCAUCUUUGCCUAUUUACUUAUCUGCUUUUUUUUUACAUGUCAAAAGUCAUCAUGGGACAUCAUACAUGGUUUCUCUUUUCCCACAUAUACUCUUGUGUGUAUGUUUUUUUAGGAGAGACCCACAACUAACAAGCUCUACUAUUUGUUCUUCAUCUUGCUAUAUACAAUUUGAGAAAAUGUGCCGAAUUUGUAUUGUCAUUCACCCAUGUUAAAACAUGUGAAUCAGUAUUACAAUA